CAGAAUACUGCUACCACAUAAAACCAGACACUGAUUCACCUGCAAAGAAAACGGUCAUUUGACAGAAAAGCAAACCAUUGGUGUGCUUUGCGUAAUGCAGUGACCUGGAUAUGGCUUCUGCAGCUAUAAAUACAACCUUGUUACCUUUCUCCUUUCUUCAUCAAGCACACACAAGAAAAUAAAACCAAGUAAUCACAUUGACAAAAGACUUUAUUUCUGUUAACAGCCAUUAUGAGUACUGCUGGUCAGGUCAUCCGUUGCAAAGCUGCUGUAGCAUGGGAGUCGGGGAAGCCACUGUCAAUAGAGGAAGUGGAAGUGGCACCACCGCAGAAGGAUGAAGUCCGUAUUAAGAUACUCUUCACUUCUUUAUGUCACACCGAUGUCUACUUCUGGGAUGCUAAGGGACAAAAUCCUCUGUUUCCUCGCAUACUUGGACAUGAAGCUGGGGGGAUUGUGGAGAGUGUAGGAGAGGGCGUGACUGAUCUAAAGCCAGGUGAUCAUGUUCUCCCCAUCUUCACUGGGGAAUGCAAGGAGUGUCCCCAUUGCUUGUCUGAAGAGAGUAACAUGUGUGAUCUCCUCCGAAUCAACACUGAUAGGGUUGGAAUGAUUAAUGAUGGAAAAUCCAGGUUUUCCAUCAAUGGGAAGCCUAUCUACCACUUCCUUGGGACGUCUACUUUCAGCGAAUAUACUGUCGUCCAUGUCGGUCAGGUCGCCAAGAUCAAUCCACAUGCUCCACUUGAUAAAGUUUGUGUUCUGAGCUGCGGGAUGUCCACAGGUUUUGGUGCCACUGUGAAUGUUGCUAAACCUAAAAAGGGUCAAUCUGUUGCGAUUUUCGGACUAGGCGCUGUUGGUCUUGCUGCUGCCGAAGGAGCAAGAGUAUCCGGUGCUUCAAGGAUCAUUGGCAUUGAUUUGAACCCCAGCAGAUUCGAACAAGCCAAGAAAUUCGGUGUUACAGAGUUUGUGAAUCCAAAAGAUUACAACAAACCUGUCCAAGAGGUCAUUGUUGAGAUGACUGGUGGAGGAGUCGAUCGCAGUGUUGAAUGUACGGGGAGUAUCCAGGCCAUGAUUUCCGCAUUUGAAUGCGUCCACGAUGGGUGGGGAGUUGCGGUGCUUGUGGGUGUUCCAAACAAAGACGAUGCAUUCAAAACUCACCCAGUGAAUCUGCUGAAUGAGAGGACUCUCAAGGGUACUUUCUUUGGAAACUACAAACCUCGGUCUGACAUUCCUGCUGUUGUGGAGAAAUAUAUGAACAAGGAACUUGAGCUGGAUAAAUUCAUCACACACACUGUGCCUUUCUCAGAGAUCAACAAGGCAUUUGAGUUAAUGCUUGCGGGUGAGGGACUGAGAUGUGUGAUUCGCAUGGAUGCAUAAGGAAUGGAUAGCCUGGAUUGAUCAUCCAUGGAUGAAGGGCUUUUCUGUAGGGUUUUGAUUUCCUCAUAGUUUACAGACACAAUAGACACCACAUAUUUAAUAUUUUUAAAAGUCCUUGUUUCUUGUUUAAUCAAUUACCCUUAAAAAAUUUAGUGGCUAAAAAGUUGUCUGAGAUUUUACAUACUUUGAGCUUGAGUUUUUCCUUUUGUAUAUGCACAUGUGCAAAGUGUGAUUAAGGAAAUAAAUAAAGUGGUACAUGGUUUUGCUGUUGGUAA